AUGGAAAGUGACACCUAUACCGACCCGCUUGCGAGCCUCUUUCGCCCAGCAGACAAACCCCGGUUUGCUAGCCUCAACUGGCCUGUCUGGGAUGGCGCGAUCUUCGAUCCCAACAUGCGAGCAAACAGGGACAGCGAUAAGCUAGCCUUCAUUGCCGGCACCGUCUAUGUCCGCCACGCCGUCAGCUUAAGGCGCCCGAAAAUUAUGCUCAAGCUCCUCGACCAGGCUACCCUCAACCACCUUGCUCGGUGGGGUAUCAAUGGAUUCGUUAUCGGCGAAGAACGGGCGUCGGAGCGAAUAGAAAGGGACCGUGAUCUCCUGGCAAGCUUUCGGUCCGGCGUACUUCUUGCCAUGGACGAGCUGAGGAAGGCAGAGGUCCCGAACAACGUCAACCAGGACGACUUAAAAGAAGUGAUCGACGCACUGGAGUCUUAUGUCCAUGGACAUUUUGUGGAGAUGGCUGAGCUGGGGCCUGCCGUUGCAGAAGCGGUGAGGGCCGAAGACGCCCUCGCACAAACCAACGCGAUGACGAUGGCUGAAGAGUUCGGAAGUGAUGGAAAAUAUGGAGAAUCCGAGGAAGAGGGUACCACCGCGCGCAAGUUACAAUAUGAUGUCAGCGCCGAUGAGACAACUGCACCAACAGACAGGAAAUCACCUAACGACAGCAACACAUCUGCGACAGACUAUGAUGGCGAUGACGACGAUACCCUCAAAUACUUCGAGCAAGUCGAGAUUCUUGGAGAUAUUUCCUCUUCAAGCAAUGACGACGGGGGGGAAGAAGACGAUAUCGACACAAUGUCAUCGAGCUUUGCCGAAAAUGAGCGCGCUCAUGGAGCUAAUGCCACCCAUGAGAGUGAGGUAGCUUCCGUCAGGCGUGCAAAGAGGGCGAAGAGCAAAAAGGCUAAGAAAGCGAGGAGUCAAGCUAGGCGUGACAAGAAGAAGGUAGGGACGGCGCAGACUGAGUCUUGA